UAUAAAAGAGACGUCAGGAAACACGUUAAAAGUUAAAAUCUUCAAGAAGUUAUAAAGAAAUUAUAGCAAAGAUUAUGGCUUCCCCGGCGAUUGCAUUGUUGUACCCUACUUUAUUAGCGAUCCUCGCGAUGGAUGGGAAUUAUACGCUUUUCGCCGACGACCAUGGAACAUCGUACAUGAUCGAUGAAAGCGAACCUGUACCUACGGCGGCGGAACUCGCCGAGAUCGAGGAAUCCGCUCUCGAUACCUUCUUCUCUUUAUUCACACGAAACAACCCGAAAAAUGGACAGCAGUUAAUUGUCAACGACAAGGAAAGCGUGAAUAAUAGUUUUUGGAAUCCUGAACGUCCCACUAGCUUCUACGUUCAUGGAUGGCGGGGAAAUAUAUCGUCUGGAUCUCCUAGCACCUUGAUUCGAGAUGCUUAUCUCAGCACCGACGAUUGCAACGUCAUCCUGGUUGACUGGCAAAAAGCGGCUAGCAAUCUCUGGUACUGGAAAGUCGCGAGAAGCGUACCGUUCGUGGCAAAACAUGUGACUAAAAUGAUAAAUUUCCUGGAGAAGGAGGCGGGUCUGGAUACCUCCAGACUCAGACUGGUAGGACAUUCCUUGGGUGGGCAUAUCGUCGGUCUCGCAGCUCGUGGCGCCGACAGCAGAGUCGCUGAAGUGAUGGCUCUAGAUCCCGCGAAACCCGCGUUCAUCUCCAAAGGACCAGGCGAAAGGGUGGACAUCACGGAUGCGGUUAAGGUGCAGGGGAUCCACACGAGUUCGAUCGGUCUCGGAAAAGCAAUCGGUGACUCCGAUUUUUAUCCGAACGGCGGUAUCUUGCAACCGGGAUGCAGCAUAAUUAUACCCGCGUGCGCGCAUGAGAGAGCCUGGCAGUACUACGCCGAGUCCAUCAAGAACCCAACAGGUUUCCGCGCCGGUAACGUAUUCAUGGGCGGGCCAAAGUUCGAUUCAAACGCGAGAGGAAGGUACACUCUGAAAACCCGCAGAUCAUCACCGUUCGCACUCGGAUAGACGUUAUCAUCUUAUAACUAUCACUCCUGCAAAUAUUCUGCGAUAAAAAAAAAAUAAAUUUUCCUACAAGCAUUCUCAAGUCUGUCGUUACUGAAAUGACUCAUCCGAUAUUUUCGUUCUCUUCACAUACACAACUACAUUA